AUGGUUCUUAAAUCAACAUCCGCUGGAAACGUUUCCGUAUACCAGGUUUCCGGAAGCAACGUGUCUAGGUCUUUACCCGACUGGAUUGCUAAAAAGAGGAAGAGAACGUUGAAGAAUGACAUAGAUUAUCAGAACAGGAUAGAACUCUUGCAAGAUUUUGAGUUUAGUGAAGCGUCAAACAAGAUCAAAGUGACCCCCGACGGGCAAUAUGCCAUUGCCACCGGGACAUACAAGCCUCAAAUUCACGUUUAUGAGUUCAGCAAUUUGUCUCUGAAGUUUGACAGACAUACAGAUUGCGAGAACGUGGAUUUCUUGGUUUUAUCCCACGAUUGGUCUAAGUCUGUACAUCUGCAAAAUGAUAGAUCUAUCGAGUUUCAUACGAAGGGAGGUAUUUACUACAAAUCCCGGGUGCCCACUUUUGGAAGAUGUCUUACUUAUAACGAGCAAAACUGUGACCUGUACAUUGGAGCAGCAGGAAAUGAAGUUUACAGAUUGAACUUGGAGCAAGGAAGGUUCAUGCAACCUUUUGAAUUAGACACUUCAUCCGGUGUUAACUCCACUGAUCUUAACAAGGUGCAUGGACUAUUCUCUGCUGGAUUAGAAGAUGGAACAGUAGAGUUUUGGGAUCCAAGAGCAAAGCAGAGAGUAGCUAAACUACUGAUAAACGAUGACUUAAAUGAAAACGUCAAUGUUGGUAUCACCAGUGUUAAAUUCAGAAAUGAUGGUCUUAAUUUUGCUUGUGGAACUAGCAAUGGAUACUCUUUGAUUUAUGAUCUUCGUAACAGCAAACCUUCUGUGGUCAAGGAUCAGGGUUACGGCUACGAAGUCAAGAAGAUUAUAUGGAUUGAUGAGAACUCUACUGAUUCAAACAAGAUCCUUACUACAGACAAGAGAAUUGCUAAAAUUUGGGAUCGAUUUGAUGGAAAAGCGUAUACAUCUAUGGAGCCUAGCGUUGAUAUUAAUGAUGUGGAUUACAUUCCAAAUUCGGGAAUGUUCUUCAUGGCUAAUGAGGGUCAACCAAUGCACACAUAUUAUAUUCCCAAUUUGGGUCCUGCACCAAAAUGGUGUUCUUUCCUGGACAGUGUGACAGAGGAAUUGGAGGAGAAGCCUUCCGACUCUGUGUAUGCCAACUAUAGAUUCAUCACGAAACAGGACGUUCAAAGUUUGAACUUAAGUCAUCUAGUUGGAACAAAUGUUUUAAGGUCUUAUAUGCAUGGUUUUUUUAUUGACACUGAGUUGUAUGAUAAGGUCAACCUGAUUUCUAACCCUAACAGUUAUAGAGAGGAGAGAGAACGUGAAAUCAAGAAGAGAAUUGAGAAGGAAAGAGAAUCUAGAAUCAGAACCACUGGUGCUGUUAAGAAAACCAAAAUCACAGUCAAUAAAGAGCUGGUCGAAAAACUGGAACAGAAGCAAGGAUCAUCUGUUGCUGAAGAACUUGUCAACGAUGAACGUUUCAAGGAAAUGUUUGAGAACCCUGAGUUCCAGAUUGACCAAAAUGCACACGAUUAUAAACAAUUGAACCCAUCUGUCAAGGUCAAGGAUGUGGAGUACAAACCUAAGGGACUGACAGCUGCUGAGGAAUCAGACGAAGAACGUAUCGAAAUGAACCAAAACAAAACUGGAUCUGCUAACUUAUGGGAUUCUGAUGAUGAGAAAUCUGAUGAAGAAGCUGAAGAAGAUGACGAAGAGAGUGCUAAGAAAAAGGCAGAAGAGGAAAAGUUAAAGGAAGCAAGGAGAAAACAAGCUGAGAAGGUUCAAAAGCAAUUGGAGAAGAACCGUAGAAAGCAACAACGUGAAAAGGAAAUUGAAGAGGCUAUGUCCACUAUGAAACCAUUGGAUUCCAAAGAUGAAUCUAUUUACACAGCCAACUUAGACAAGUCUCGUGUUUCUUUCAAGAAACAAUUAGAUGAUCUCAAUAAGGUCUCUAAACCCAAAAGUUCUAGUCGUAUUCAUAAGAACAUCAGAGGAGAAGCCGAGCUUACUUUCAUUCCUAAGAAGGGAGGUUCACAAAAGAAGGUAUCGUUUGAAGACGACGCUAGCGAUGAUGAGAACAAAAAAGACAAUGGUAGAACUAAACAGAGAUUUGACGGCCGCAGAAGGGCCAGUAAGAAUGCUUUCCGUGGUAUGUAA